UCCGGUAUAAACUUCCGGUGUAGAGAUGGCAAUGGUUUUAAUUGUUAUUGAAUUUUAUAGUUUCGACCGAAAAUCGACUGUAUUCAUUCAUAUCUCGAAGAAUAUGCAGUGUGGAUCAAGCAAAGGAAGUUUUCUUUCCUAUUUAAUUUAUCGAUUCUAUUUUAGAAAUUGAUUAUUCGACGCAGUUAUCAAAUUGAAAUUACUUAAGUAUAUAAAACUGUUGGUCGACGAAAACUGUUCAGUACCAAAAAAAACCUGACAUGUUUUUCCCAGAAACACAUAUAUUGGUUUCGACAAUGUGCAUUCUAUCAGUACUUACUAAUUCUGAAUGAUGACUCAUUCUUUUGUUGUUGUUUUUUUUUUAUUUUCUUUAUGAUGUGUCUUUGGCAAUAUUGUUUACAAUUUCAGCUGCUGUUGAGUCUGAGAUACUUAGCCAAAGGGGCGUUUUACAGUGAAGUCGCAGACACUCAUGGUGUAAGCAGAAGCACAGUUUGCAGAGUAAUUGGCCGAGUUGUCAAUAGUAUAAAUGCAAAUAUUGACAAUAUAAGAUUUCCCACGCAGCCUCAGAGUUUGCUUCAGAUGAAACGCGAAUUUUACAGAAAGUGCUCACUGCCGAACAUUGUGGGUGCUAUUGAUGGCACUUUGGUACCAAUAGUGGCACCAACAGAGAAUGAAGAGGUGUACGUGUGCAGAAAAGGGUUUCAUGCCCUUAAUUGUCAGGCGGUCUCCUCACCAGACCUGAAAUUCCUGGAUGUUGUUGCUCGGUGGCCAGGUUCAACCCAUGAUUCUGCAAUAUUUGAAAAUUCCCGGUUGAAGGACUACCUUGAUAACCAUGAUGGGAUGAUACUUCUUGGGGACAGCGGGUAUGCUCUCAAGAGGUAUCUGCUUACACCCAUCCCCGCCCCCCGUAAUGAGCAAGAACACCUGUAUAAUAGACGGCAUAGGCAGGGUCGAUUGUGCAUAGAGAGAACCUUUGGUCUACUCAAGUCAAGAUUCAGAUGCCUUCACAAGACUGGUGGUGUGUUACCAUUCAAGCCGCAAAAAUGUGCAAGCGUAUUCGUGGCAUGUUGUCGCUUGCACAACCUGUGCUUGCAGAACGGUCUUCCAGAUCCACCAGAACUUGAUUUGGAGGAGGAUCAUGAUCAGGAAGUGGACGCACCUGACAACAACCUUGGUGGUCAGGCUGUGCGCAAUCAAUUUGUACAAAUACGUCGAUUGAUUGGAUAUGAUGGUUCAUAUGUGAGAGAUAUCCAGGCAUAGGUCACUUACAGCUUGCUGUAUGGCCUGGAUAUCUCCCGCAUAUGAACCAUGUCUUAUUUAUAAAUAUUUGUCAUGUUUGUGUGUUUUAGUUUGUUGAUUGAUUGAACAUGUUGGUUCAUAUGUGAGAGAUAUCCAGGCAUAGUUCACUUACAGCUUGCUGUAUGGCAUGGAUAUCUGUCACAUAUGAACCAUGUCUCAUUUGUAAAUAUUUGCCAUUUUUGUGUGUGUUCUUUUGUGGAUUAAUUGGACAUGAUGGUUCAAAUGUGAGAGAUAUCCAGGCAUAGGUCACUUACAGCUUGUUGUAUGGCAUGAAUAUCUCUCACAUAUGGACCGUGUAUAUAUAAUAUAUGUGUUAUUCUGUACAUUUUGUUUCUGAAGCCACAUUUAAUGUGUACAUUGAUUUUAGACGGUGGUUCAUAUGUGAGAGAGAUCCAUGCAUAGGUCACUUA